UCUACAAAUUUCUUUAGAGGAUUAAAAUAGAAUGAAUCAAGAAAGAUUACAUAAGCUUCCAAAAAGUGUUCAGCCAAUUAGCUACACACUGUUAUUGUUUCCUAAUAUUGAAAAUUUUAUUUUUCAUGGAGAAGAAACAAUUGAUAUUGAAGUAAAAGAAGCAACAAAACAAAUUGUUUUAAAUAGUGCUUUCAUAAACAUAUCUCAUGUGACUUUUUUUCUAGAUGACAGUGUUAUAUUAUGCAGUAAUAUUGAAUACGAUGUGGACCAAGAAAAAGUUACUCUGCAUUAUGAUCAAGAGUUGCCUUUAGGUUUUGCAAAGUUAAAUAUUGUAUUUGUUGGUGAACUAAAUGACAAAAUGAAAGGAUUUUAUCGAAGUAAAUAUGUAACAACAUGUGGCUAUGAAAAAUAUUGUGCAGUCACACAUUUUGAACCCACUGGUGCCCGUCAUGCAUUUCCUUGUUGGGAUGAACCAGAAAUAAAAGCUACAUUCCGAAUUUCUAUUGUUGCUUCUGAAAAAACUGUGCUAUCAAAUAUGGAUCUUUAUGAAAAGAAAGUCUACCAUAAUGACAGCUCAUUGCAUGUGUACUCUUUUAAUACAACACCAGUUAUGUCAACUUACUUAGUUGCUUUUGUUGUUGGUAAUUUUGAUUACAUUGAAGGAUUUGUUGAAGAUAUUCCAGUCCGAAUUUACACUCCUGUUGGAAAAUCAGAGCAAGGAAGUUUUGCUCUUGAGUUAACAAUAAAAUGCAUGGGUUUUUACAAUAAAUAUUUUGGAAUCAAAUAUCAUUUGCCAAAAAUUGAUUUAAUAGCACUACCAAAUUUCCCAAUCAGUGCAAUGGAAAACUGGGGCUUGGUAACCUAUCGUGAAAAUGCUUUGUUAUUUGAUUCAUUAGAAUCUUCAUUUUAUUGUAAAAUAAAUGUUUCACUAAUUGUUGCUCAUGAGCUUUCUCACAAUUGGUUUGGUAAUCUUGUUACAAUGAGGUGGUGGACUGAUUUGUGGUUAAAAGAAGGCUUUGCAACAUGGUGCCAGUAUUUGUGCAUUGAUCAUUGUUACCCAAACUUUAACAUUUGGGAAAAUUUUGUUUCGCAAACUUUAGUAAAAGCUCUACAGCUUGAUUCUUUAACAACUAGUCAUCCUAUCGAAGUUUAUGUUGAUCAUCCAUCACAAAUUGAUGAAAUAUUUGAUACAAUAUCGUAUUGUAAAGGUUCAACAGUUAUAAGAAUGCUUCAUGAUUAUCUUGGAGAAGAUAUUUUCCGAAACGGACUUUGUACUUUUUUGAAAACAUUUCAAUUUCAAAAUGCUGCAACAAAUGAUCUUUGGCAUCAUCUAGAAUUAGCAAGUUCUAUACCAGUUAAGCAGGUAAUGGAAUUAUGGACCAAAGAAAUGGGUUAUCCUGUUUUGGUUGUCACAAGUAAUCAUGUUGAAUCUCAAAGAACUGUAACAAUCACUCAAAAGAAAUUUUCAUCAAAUGGUUCUUUUGAUAGCAAGAAGUUAUGGUCUGUGCCAGUUGCAUUAAAAACAAGCAAAAAACAUUUUAUAAAAGUUCUUAUGAAUGAAGAAGAAAUUAUUCUAAACAUUGAUAAUAUGCUUGAUUGUGAUUGGGUAAAGAUAAACCCUGAAAUAAUAGGUUUUUAUAGAGUUAGUUACUCACAAGAAAUGAUGAUACAGCUUCAGUCAGCGAUUAAUCAGUUUUCUACUAUUGAUCGUCUUAAUUUUGUAAACGAUUUGUUUGCUCUUACCACUGUUGGUAUUUCAUCAACAUCAUGUUUUUUAGAAUUUUUGUCUAGUUAUAAAGAUGAAAUGAAUUAUGCAGUUUGGCGUGAUAUUACUUCAAGUAUUUCUAAAAUUUGUAUACUUCUUCAAAAUACCAAUUGUUAUAACAAUUUUCAACAAUUUGUUGCAGAACUUUAUAGACCUGUUGCCCAGAAACUUGGUUGGACAGCUGCUAAAAAUGAAGAUUAUUCACUCAGUAUGCUUCGAUGUCUUGUAUUAAAAAAGUUAGGAGAAGUUGGUGAUCCUGGAGUAAUAAAAAAAUCUAUGGAAAUGUUUGCUUCUCACGUUAAUGGUAUUCAGAAUAUUCCAGCGGAUUUGCGUGUUGCUGUUUACAGUACAGUUAUGAGUGUAGCAGAUGAACACAUUUUUCAACAAAUGAUAACUUUAUAUCAAAACACUGAACAUGUUGAGGAAAGAGAUAGAAUUCUUAGAUCUAUUGGGAAUUCAACAAAUCCUAAUUUAAUUUCAAAAGUAUUGGAGUUUGGUCUUUCUGAUGAAGUUCAAUCACAGAGUACCAAAUUCGUUUUACGUGGCUGCACAACGAGUUUAAUUGGACGAUGUUUAACCUGGAAUGUAGCAAAAAAAAAUUGGCAAGAGUUUCAAAGAAGAUACAGUGGUAUCAUGCUAUCAUCUAUAGUUAAGAUUUGCACAAAUAACUUUGCAACUGAAUCGGAGUAUGACAAUGUAAAGGAGUUUUUUCAAACAUAUCCUACGUCAUCUGCUGAAAGAGCUAUAAGUCAUUCUUUAGAAAGUAUCAAAUGUAAUAUAAAUUGGCUAGCAAGAGAAUGUAAGAAUAUUAACUCCUGGCUCGUCGAUUAUACUUCAAAGCAGAUCAGUAAUUAAAUUUAUUUUAGGAUUUAAAUAAAAAUAAAUUGACUUAA